AUGGCGAUGAAGGCGCUCAGAGGGAUGGUGAACGGAGCCAUGAGCGAGUUCUCCUCGGCCGUCAGCGGGAACAGACCAACGGCCGCCGCUCCGGCCGCCGCCGCCGCCGCCUCCCGGGAGCAUGUGAUGGCCGUGAGCCGGGAUUAUAUCUCGCAGCCCCGCCUCACCUAUAAGACAGUGUCUGGAGUCAACGGCCCGCUGGUGAUCUUGGACCAGGUGAAGUUCCCCAGGUAUGCAGAGAUCGUCCAUCUCACCCUGCCCGAUGGUACCAAGAGGAGUGGGCAGGUGCUGGAGGUCACGGGGUCCAAAGCUGUGGUGCAGGUGUUUGAGGGGACUGCAGGUAUCGAUGCCAAGAAGACCAGCUGUGAGUUUACAGGGGACAUCCUAAGGACACCUGUCUCUGAGGAUAUGUUGGGUCGUGUGUUUAAUGGAUCUGGUAAACCAAUCGACAGAGGACCAGCAGUCCUGGCUGAAGACUUCUUGGACAUCAUGGGUCAGCCCAUAAACCCUCAGUGUCGCAUCUACCCUGAGGAGAUGAUCCAGACCGGAAUAUCUGCCAUCGACGGCAUGAACAGCAUCGCCAGGGGGCAGAAGAUCCCCAUCUUCUCUGCUGCAGGGCUGCCGCACAAUGAGAUCGCAGCUCAGAUCUGUCGCCAGGCCGGUUUGGUGAAGAAGUCCAAGGAUGUGAUGGACUACAGCGAGGACAACUUCGCCAUAGUAUUUGCAGCCAUGGGGGUCAACAUGGAGACAGCCAGGUUCUUUAAGUCCGACUUUGAGGAGAACGGUUCCAUGGACAACGUGUGUUUGUUCCUCAACCUGGCCAACGACCCCACCAUCGAGCGAAUCAUUACGCCUCGUUUAGCUCUGACAUCAGCAGAGUAUUUGGCCUAUCAGUGUGAGAAGCACGUCCUCGUCAUCCUCACUGAUAUGAGCUCCUAUGCAGAGGCUCUCCGAGAGGUGUCUGCAGCCCGAGAGGAGGUGCCGGGCCGGCGAGGUUUCCCUGGCUACAUGUACACCGAUCUGGCCACCAUCUAUGAGAGAGCUGGCAGAGUCGAGGGACGUAACGGCUCCAUCACCCAGAUCCCCAUCCUCACCAUGCCCAAUGACGACAUCACUCAUCCUAUUCCUGACCUGACUGGUUACAUCACUGAGGGACAGAUCUAUGUGGACAGACAACUUCACAACAGACAGAUUUAUCCUCCUAUCAACGUGUUGCCGUCUCUCUCUCGUCUGAUGAAAUCAGCCAUCGGGGAGGGAAUGACCCGCAGAGACCACUCUGAUGUUUCCAACCAGCUCUAUGCAUGUUAUGCCAUAGGGAAGGAUGUCCAGGCCAUGAAGGCAGUGGUGGGAGAGGAGGCUCUGACAGCUGAUGAUCUGCUCUAUCUGGAGUUCCUGACCAAGUUUGAGAAAAACUUCAUCUCCCAAGGUGCCUAUGAAAACAGGAGUGUGUUUGAGACUCUGGACAUCGGAUGGCAGCUCAUGAGGAUCUUCCCCAAAGAGAUGCUGAAGAGGAUCCCUCAGAGCACCUUAGCUGAGUUUUACCCCCGAGAAGCCAAACAUUAA